GUCUCCACUCUGUCUCGAUCUCUCUCUCUUAAUUUAUUCCAGGUGAAUGAAUCUCUCUCGAAAAACAUGGCGAUCUCUCAAUUUUGACGUUUAAUUUACCCUUAAUUCUGUAAAAUCUAAUUCCAGAAUGGCUGAUGAAGCGGAUGCUCUCUCUCAAUUUGGUAUAUCGAAGGAGGAAACGGAUAAGCUUGUUUCAGAGGUGAUUAGAUUCAUACUCUUCAAGUCGCAUCAAAACUCAGGAUGCCCAAUCAAACGAGAAGAUUUGACUCAGAUUGUUACCAAGAACUAUCGUCAGCGAAACCUCGCGACCCACGUGAUCAACGAAGCUAAAAGCAAGCUCUCGAACGUGUUUGGUUAUGAUUUGAAAGAGCUUCAACGCUCUAGGUCUUCUUCUACAGGUCAAACAAGGCUUCCUCAGUCACAGAGCUCUGUUGACUCUAAAUCGUAUGUUCUCGUGAGUCAAUUACCGGUCGAUGUGUUUAGGAAAUAUGUCGUGGAGGAAACAACGAGUCCUAUGACUGGCUUCACGUUUGCUGUUCUUGCUAUUGUGCAGCUUGCAGGUGGUAAAAUCCCUGAAGAAACUCUUUGGCAUCAUUUGAAGCGAAUGGGACUUCACGAAAACGAUGAGCAUAACCCUGUGUUUGGGAACAACAAGCAGGCACUGGAGAGUUUAGUCCAACAAAGGUUCUUGCAGAAGGAGAAAGUAAAUGGCCCAGAGGGUAGUACUCUGUUUUAUGAUCUUGCUGAGAGAGCAUUAGAUGCGCAAGUUAGUGAGAAAGUAAAAGAUUAUAUUUCACAGAUCUUGAAGAAUGACGUCUCAGUUGUAGAGAUUGAUUAGUGAGAGAUUUGGCCUUUGGAGACUAACCAAAUAGAUUGGUGCAAGUCGUUGACUUUUUGUAUUUUGUAAGAUUUCCUUUGAUUAUUUAAUGUGAUAGAUGC